AUGCCGGCAUCCGAUCCCUUCAUAGCUCGAGGAAGAUGCGAAAAUUAUGAUAUUGAAGUAGCGACAGCUUCGACAAUUGUCCCCUCGACCAAUAUACCACCUGCCAGCCGAACCAUCAGCUAUUCACACCCGUUCUAUAUCAAAGGAAUCACGAUUUACUACCACACAGAAAGUCUCCUCAGAGUCAAAAGUAUGUAACCUUUUCUACACCCAACCUCAAAACUCCACACCACUAACCCAUCCACCCACCAGCCUUCACCUGGGCGCCCAUCAACCCAAACAAUCUCUCCAGCACUCCCAAAUCCCAAGCCAUGCUCACCAUGCAAGAGACCAUCGAAUCCACAUACCAACACUAG